CAGGGGCUGAGAAGCAACUGGAAGUGUGGCUGUAGUCUAUGUAGCUAGCUGUAGCUCUAACUAGCUGUAGCUGGAGUGCCUGCCCCGUGCUUUCGCUUCUAGGCAAGCUCCCAGCAACGCGUCUCAGCGUCUCAGCGUCUCCGCGCAGCGCAGCACAGCACAACCAGCUCCCUGCAGCAGGUGAACUAAUAAGUAGCGCAGGCUCAAGGCUGGCGAGCUCACAUCAUCGCCUUGCCUAAUUCACGACAGCCUCUUGUCUGUCACAACCUCAAUCCCACCUCACGACAAAUAGCCAACGAUCUCGCAUCACGAUCCCACGACCAUCAGGACACUCGGUCACCGCGUUACUGUUUCGACCCCACAUCUAACCAUUCCAUUUCCACCUCCACGCCCGCACAGCAUCCGCCAUCAUGUCGGGCAGUGCAGGAUUCGACCGACACAUCACCAUCUUCUCCGAGCAGGGUAGACUGUAUCAAGUUGAAUAUGCUUUCAAAGCCAUCACAGCCGCCAAUAUCAUGGCAAUAGGAGUCCGGGGCAAGGACUGCGCAGUGGUUUUGUCUCAGAAGAAGGUACCCGACAAGCUGAUCGACCCCUCGUCUGUAUCGCACAUCUUCCAGAUCUCGCCCUCCGUUGGGUGCGUCAUGACCGGCUCUAUCGCAGAUGCUCGGGCCUUUUCACAACGUGCACAGGGCGAGGCUGCCGAGUUCAAGUACAAGUAUGGCUACGAGAUGCCGUGUGAUGUCUUGGCCAAGAGACUGGCCAACAUCAGCCAAGUCUACACCCAAAGAGCCUACAUGAGACCCUAUGGCGUGGCAGCGACCCUGAUAUCACUGGACUCUGAGACCGGGCCUCAGCUCUUCAAGUGCGACCCGGCUGGAUACUACGUUGGGUACAAGGGUACGGCUGCCGGCCCCAAGCAGCAAGAGGCACUCAACCAUCUUGAGAAGAAGCUCAAGAACAAGAACCACGCAGACGGAACAUGGGAAGAUGUCGUCGAGUUGGCCAUUACUACAUUGAGCACGGUCCUCAGCAUGGACUUCAAGAAGGGCGAGAUCGAGAUUGGAAUUGUGGGAGGUCCUCGAGGAGACGGCAAGCCAGGUCCCAACCCAGGAUUCAGGACACUCACGGAAGACGAGAUUGACGAGAGAUUACAGGCCAUCGCUGAGAAGGACUAGAUGUUGGGAGGACGGUUGAGCUGGGAGGUGGUAUCGUUAUGGACUCUGACCGCUUCGGAGGCGAAGC